GGUGAGGUCCAACAGCAGGAUGGGAUGAAGGCAGGACUAAGCCAGGAAAAGGGCGGAGCCUCCUAACAGUCCCUUGGCAACUGGAUCCGGCCAGCGAACCGUUGCAGCCUGUGUACUCGGGGCGCGGUGCCCUCUGGGAAUUGUAGUGGCCUUGGACGGGCUCCCGGGAAAGUCGAGGCUGCAAGCCCGCAGUCUGUGAACCACAAGUCCCGUCAUCCACCAGGAGGGCCAGUGGGUGGGAAGUCUGAGACCCUCUGAGUGGGGUUCCAGGCUCCCCGUUGACAGCCGCAGCAGGAAGCAGGCGGGUCCUGCUGGGGCGCCAAGGCCUCCUGUCCUCGGAGAGGGGAUCCCUGGACACUGUCCCACCUCACUCCUCUCGCGGGGCCCCGAGUCUGCGCAUGGAGAAGUCCCUGGAGAACUCCAACCUGGAGGAGUCUCUGGGGCAAUACCAGCUGAGUCUCCGGGAACGUGUGAGGAGAAGCUUUCACCAGCUGAGCAAAUACAAUGCCGCUGUUAGAGGUGGUGCACUAGAGCUUCUUAGCGCUGAAGAAGGAAGUGAGGACAGUGGGACGGCCUGGCACGAGCUCCAGCACAGCCAUGCCGUUAUUCAACUCAAAGCCUUGUUGUACCAACAAGCAACUAAGGAAAAUGAGGUGUCUCCAUCAAGAAGAAGAAAAAUGUCCCCUUUGAGGUCAUCAGAAUAUGAGGAAACCAAUAUGCCUACUGCUCAGAAUCUUGUCCCUAUCAUCUAUGAUCAGUCCCAAUACAUUCAUCAUUUAGAGGCAGAAGUCAAGUUCUGCAAGGAGGAACUCUCUGGAAUGAAAAAUAGGAUACAGGUCAUUGUGCUUGACAAUGAACGGCUCCAACAAGAGUUGAAAGCUCGAAGGCCAGAGGAAGCGAUGAGGGAGCAAACUCUUCUGGAUGCAUCUGGAAACACGCAGAAUUCUUGGAUUACAAGAGGUGAAGAUUCUGAGGUUCAGGAAGCUGUUAAGAAAUUUUCCCACGGUGAUGCAAACAUUAUGAAGACCUCAUCUGCUGGUGAGGCUGAGAAAUGGAAGCUAGAACUGGAGAGGCUGAAACUUACUUAUGAGCAAAAGUGUGAAAUCCUGGAAUCUCAAUUGAGGGUUUUGAGGAAAGACUUAGCCGAAUGUCAGAAAAACUGUGAAGAUCUUAAAGGGCGACUAAAGCACAAAGAGUCUGUUCUUGCUGCCCAGGUUUCCACCCGCGUCGGUGGUCUUUGUGUGAAGUGUGCCCAGCAUGAAGCUGUUCUUUCUCAGACACAUAGUCACGUCCACAUGCAGACCAUCGAGCGGCUGACGAAGGAGAGAGAUGACUUCAUGUCCGCGCUGGUUUCCACGAGGAGCAGCUUGGCGGAUGUGCAGCAGAGGGAGGCGGGCGCCUACGAGCAGGUGAAGCGUGCCGUGCAGAUGACGGAGGAGGCCAACCUUGAGAAAACCAAGGCCCUAAUCCAGUGUGAGCAGCUGAGGAGUGAGCUGGAGAGGCAGGCGGAGCGGCUAGGGAAGGAGCUGGCCGCCCAGCAGGAGAAGAGGGCCUCCGACAAAGAGCUGAUGAAGAGCGAGCUGACAAAGGAGCGCGAGGACAUGGGAUCCAAGAUGUUAGCUCUGUCUCAGAACAUUGCCCACCUGGAGGCCCAGGUGGAAAAGGCUACAAGGGAGAAGGUUUCAGCUGUGAACCAACUAGAAGAAAUUCAAAACCAGCUUGCUUCCCGGGAAAUGGAAGCCACAAAGGUGUGUGGGGAAAUGCGCUACCAAUUGAAUAAAAUCAAAAUGGAGAAGGAUGAGGCCGAAAAGGAGCACGGAGAGCACAGAGCCAAAGCGAAACGGGAUCUUGACUUGAAAGACCAGGAAAUAGAGAGACUGACGCUGGAGCUGAGGGAGAGCAGGCAGCACGUGGAGCGGGAGCAGCAGAAGGCGGCGGGGGCCGGCGAGGAGCUCCUGACAUUGACAGAGCGGCUGGCCGAGGCCGAGCGCCAGCUGCACCUCACCAGACUGGAAAAAGAGACCAUUCAGCAGAGCUUCAGCAGCGAGGCAAAGGCCCAAGCCCUUCAGGCCCAGCAAAGGGAGCAGGAGCUGACACAGAAGAUGCAGCAAAUGGAGGCCCAGCAUGACAGGACCGAAAGCGAACAGUAUUCAUUGCUGACCUCCCAGAAUGCAUUUUUGACAAAGUUAAAGGAAGAGUGCUGUACGUUAGCCAAGAAACUGGAACAAAUCUCUCAAAAGAGCAGAUCUGCCAUAGCUCAGCUCAGUCAAGAGAAGAGGUACGCAUACGGCAAGCUGAAAAAGUUACAGGAAAGAAACGAUGAGUUGGAGGAGCAGUGCGUCCAGCACGGGAGACUCCAUGAGAUCAUGAAGCAAAGGCUGCAGCAGCUGGACCAGCACAGCCAGGCCGCCGCCCAGCAACUGGUGCAGCUGCUCAGCAAGCAGAACGACCUCCUGCAAGAGCGGCAGAGCCUGUCGGAGGAGGUGGAGCGGCUGAGGGCCCAGAGAGAAAGGGAGUUAGAAACAUCACGGAAAAGAGAGAACCAUCGAUCGGACGUCCGGCACUCCCCACACUAGAGAUGGAGCCUGACGCCGGCCGGGCCUGUGCCCUGCCUGGGAAUCAAGCCGUGACCUCCUGGCUCGUAGGUAGUUGUUCAACCACUGAGCCACCCCGGCCGGCAGGUCAACACCAGUUUCUUUGUCACGCAUUUACCUGGGGGUGGACGUGGCUCUGGCUGACCUGCCUCCCGACAGGCUGUGUGGGCCCCUCCCGGUGACUUACAGUUUCAGGAACUGACGUGCCCGUGAUUAAUCAGCCGGCCCCACGCCUCUCGAGCAUUCUUGGCAGCGGAUUUCAGUUCUAAUUUGAUUUGAACUUGUGCGCGGAUCCAACAGCCAUAUGUGAUUAUAUUCAAAAUCAUGGACAUGAUCUCCUUACACCAAAGGACUCGUGCAAAAGAGCUGGAAAGCCAGCCGGAAGCAGAGACCCAGAAGCCGGGGAGGGAAGCAGGCUGGUGUGUGACCUGAAGCAAAGGGAGGGGCAGCUUCACGCUCACGCGGGGGCCUGGGAGGGCGGCGGCCCGCUGGGACCCGCGGGUGUCGCACGUCUGCAGGGUCCUGGCCUGGGCCCCGGGGACUCCCAGCAGCGGACGGAGGCGCUUCCGUGAGGUUAGCUACCUGCAAGGCAGAUGGUGCUGGGAUCCAACGGCAGACACACCGAAUAAAAACAAUGAACACGCCGCCUCCUGAACCAGGAGUUUCUGGAAGGCUCCCGAUGGAUGAAAACAAACAGUUUGAUUUCAACCCAAUUGUUGUUUCUUUGUUUUCACCCGGAUUUUCACCCGAAUUGUCAGUCUCAAAAAUAAACACUGAUACAUUCCCAGAAAAUAUUUUUCAAAUAAAAACU